AGCCCCAUGAGAUCAAGGAAGUGCAUCUGCUUGUAGAAAAUCUGGAGUAAUUCUUUAAGAUUUCUACUUUUUUUUUGUCAUGCUAAGAUGCCAAGGUUGAUUUGAUUUUCUUUUAAGCUUAUGAGAGGGCUUAAUUGCUGAUCUUGGAAGUGGAACCAUUCAGGUCAGAGUUUUGCUUUUGGGGGCCAUUAGAGCUGAGUUGGGGUGUGAUUAAUGUUUAAAAACUAAUUGUUUGUUCUUGCUGCCCUGAUUCCAGUGCCAAGAAUAUGUCAAAGGUGGCUACCGUCAAAACAGGAAUUGCCUUGGGAUUUUGUUUAAAUUGAAGUAUUCAUUGGAGUUCCCUAGUCAAAAGGAGAUACCUCUGGAAUUGCCCCCAACGUAGCACUCUUUUAGAUUCCAAACAAUUUAAAGAUCAAAUAUGGCUGACAACUCCCAGAGUAUGAGCUACAAAGCUGGUGAGGCCAAGGGCCAGGCUCAGGAAAAGGCUAGCAACCUGAUGGACAAGGCUGCCGAUGCUGCCCAAUCUGCUAAGGAAUCAAUACAAGAGACUGGGCAGAAGAUGAUGGAGAAGGCACAUGGAGCCAAAGAGGCUGUGAAGGAUGCAACUGGCAUGAAUAAAUGAAAGCUGAAAAAGACCCUGUCUGUCCAAUUUCAUUUAAAUGUUUUAGUACCAUGUUCGAAUUAGUGUCUUGUAGGAGCAUUUAAUAAAAUGCUGUUUGUGUUUUUUUUCCUAUGAACCAAGAAGAGAGGCUGCUCUUUCAUGUAGUUGUCAGGAGUUGCUCUUCCAGUUAUUUCCUUCAAUGCAAUUUGGAUAUUGUUUUUCCUUUCUUAUUAUUAUUAUUAAUGUUCAACUAGUUUAUAUGA